AUGGACUAUGACUGGGUAAUCGAUGCAGGCUAUGUUCCUGAAAGCAUAGUCAGAUUCGGUACCAGACAAAUACAAAAGGCGCAGGAGGCCAAAAUCUCCAAAAAGUCGUUCGCGGAGGCAAUGAGCGAAAGGUUGGACUACGUUGCGAGUUUGCGCUCGCAGCCGAUCGCAGUCGAGACCACGGCUGCGAACGAGCAGCAGUACGAAGUCGACACUGGUGUGUUUGCGGCUUUUCUCGGCCCUCGCAUGAAGUAUUCGUGUUCGCUGUUUCCAACGGGAAAAGAGACACUUGCAGAAGCAGAGACUGCGAUGUUAAAGGAGUACGCCACAAAGGCAGAGCUCCAGAAUGGUAUGACCAUCCUGGACCUUGGAAACCUCGAAAAUGUCGAGGUCAUCACAGGAGACAUAGCCACGUACGAGUUCGGACCCGCACAAUUCGACCGCGUGGUUUCUGUUGAGCUCUUUGAACACAUGAAGAACUACGAGCUACUGAUGGCGAAAGUCGCAUCGUCCCUCAAGGUUGGGGGCAAACUCUUCGUCCAGAUUCUGUGCCACCACAGCACACCCGGGACCUACAGAUAG